UUAACUGUUCAUCCUCAGUGUUUCCUCAGAUGUUCUGUCUGUGAGCUCCCAGCUUUCUCUUUAAAUCUCCUCCUCCUCCUCACUGAGCUCAGACAAAGUUUCACUUUCAUUUCUUCACAAGUCACUUCCUUGUUUGUCUGACUGAUUCUCUCUGCCUGUUUCCCCUCUGAGUGACGAUGGCCAAAGCCCAGUUGUUUGUAUCACAGGAUGAGUUCACCUGCUCAGUGUGUCUAGAGAUUCUCAGUGACCCUGUGACAAUCCCCUGUGGUCACAGUUUCUGUCUGAAGUGCCUCACUGACUGCUGGGAUCAGAGCCAAGAGUGCAGCUGUCCUCAGUGCAGAGAGACCUUCUUGCCAAGGCCUGGCUUACGAAGAAGCACACUGCUGAAUGAAGUCAUCAAGAAAUUAAAGAAGACAGUAAUCAGUCAUCCUCCUCUUCCUCAGCCUCAGAAUUAUGCAAGCCCUGGAGACGUGGAGUGUGACUUCUGCACUGGGAAUAAAUUUAGAGCCGUGAAGUCCUGUCUGACCUGUAUGGCCUCCUACUGUCAGACUCACCUUCAGCCUCACUAUGAAGUAGCUGCCUGGAAGGACCACAAGCUGACUGAUCCUGAUGGAAAUCUAGAGGAGAAACUCUGUGUGAAACAUCUGAAAAGCUUGGAAAUAUUUUGCAAAACCGAUGAGAUGUGUAUCUGCUUGAUGUGCAUGGUGACUGGACAUAAAAAUCAUGACAUAGUGGAGCUGGAGACAGAAAGAGAAGGAAAACAGAAACAGUUGGAGGUGACACUGAGUAACAUCACAAGGAGACUUGAGGAGAGAGAGAAGACACUGGAGGAGACAAGAAGGGCGGUGGAGCAGACGAAGAUCUCUUUUGCAAGAGAAGUAGAAAAAAAUGACAAAAGCUUCAAUGAUCUUAUUAACUGCAUUAUGGAAACCCACAGUAAAUUGACUGAGAUGAUCAGAGAACAAGAGAAGAGGGAACUGGAGAAGGCUGAAGGAAUUAUGAAGGGACUGGAGAAGGAGAUUGUGGAACUAAAGAGGAGAGAUGCUGAGCUUCACAAGCUAUCAGAAACCAAGGACCACAUCCACUUUCUGCAGAUUUUCUCGUCUCGCUGUAACCUUCCUCCUGAUGAUGGAGUCUCACUCAACUUCACUGUCACUGCUGAUUUCUCUUCUGAGGACCUGAGAAAGGAGCUGUCAUGUCUGAAGAAGAGUGUGGAGAAGGUCUGCCGGUGGGACAUCAUAUCAAGGACUCUACCAGUUAAGAGAGUGGUGUCACAAAGGACCACACAGAUGUCUUUUGGAAGGAGACGGACGACACCAAUAAUAAGGAAAGGUUUUGCAAGUGCAAUUCUCACCCUACAGCCCCCUGAACCUCUGAGCAUAGAGGAGUUUUUACAAUAUUCUGUCCAAUCAAAUGAGCUCGUUACUGUCGACGGCACACAUCUAACUCUUGUCAGAGCAGCUCCUGAUUGGCUCUUGUUAAUUGUCUGCAUUGUGCUCCGCCCCCAGUCCCAUUACACAGAUUUCCUCCCAGUCAUUUUCAUUUCUCCCCUUUGAAACUUCUGUCCACUCACACUGGACAUCAACACGGCACACAGAGACCUCCGUCUGUCUGAAGGGGACAAGAAGGUGACGCUUGAUGGGACAGAGAUUGAAUAUCCUUAUCAUCCUGACAGAUUUGACUACUGGGAACAAGUUUUGUGCAUUAACACUAAAGUGUUUCUCAAUGGUGCCUUUAGUUAUAAGGUGCCACCUAAUGGCCAACUUCAGUAUUGCAACUUUAAUAUUAAUAUUUGUGUAAGAUUUGCAACGUGAUUUUCCUUUAUGUGUAAUUUGAGAACUAAGAAUAGAUCUACUUUAUUUUUUAUUGUAGACCACACACCCACACUGUCAUAUGUACAGUUAUAUCUGCAAAUUAAAGGUUUGGAUUUGAAAUCUACCUUCCAAGUGUUUUAAUGGACACUCUACUGUGAAUGCCAACUAUUCCUGCACAACCAGAAGAAGUCGUUUAGUUGUUUCUCUAUUUCAGACACCAUCUGACCACUGACCUGUACCCACCACUGGUCACUUGAUGCCCCCACAAGUGCAGGUCCUCUUUUUGUUUGUACUUUGGGGUCAAAAUGGAUUUUACAGGAUGGGAGGAGAGGCAGCACCUCUGUGAGUGAAUUUGGGGAGGAAAAUGCAGGUCAAGUGUGGCUAUCAGGGUCUCCAUUAUUAUUCAGUUUGGGAUAUUGUUGGUUUUUGUUUAAUCAUCUGACACACACUUGACAUGGGUGCAAGUGUGUGUGGGCCUUGCAGUGGACUGGCACCCUCUCCAGAGUUGGCCCAUGCCUUUUCUACAACCGUGAAAUAGAAAAGCAUAUAAAAAAGAGAAUACCAGUCUGACCAGCAGGGGUCACUGUUGAUUCACAACUACAUGUCCUUCAGGCUGACGCACCAACAAAGUGUGAUUAAAAAUAAUGGCAUAAUUGUUUAAUACAA